AUGGUGAAGUUUCUGAAGCCUAACAAGGCGGUGAUCGUGUUGCAGGGCCGCUUCGCCGGCCGGAAGGCGGUAAUCGUGAAGAACUUCGACGAAGGCACUCGCGAUCGGCCCUACGGCCACUGCCUGGUUGCGGGGAUCUACAAGUACCCGAAGAAGGUCAUCCGCAAGGAUUCGGCCAAGAAGACGGCGAAGAAGUCGAGAGUGAAGGCCUUCGUGAAGCUCGUCAACUACAACCACAUCAUGCCGACUCGCUACACCCUCGAUGUCGACCUCAAGGACAUCGUCACCGCCGAUUCUCUCCAGUCGCGGGACAAGAAGGUCACGGCCUGCAAGGAGACCAAGUCUCGCUUCGAGGAGCGCUUCAAGACCGGGAAGAACAGGUGGUUCUUCUCCAAGCUCAGGUUCUAA